CUAUGCCCCGGCCCCGCCCCGCGUCUGCUUGUGCCCUUUUCUGACGAGCUGUCGUGAUUUCGUUGAAAGUGGAUUUAUCUAUUUAAUAUUUACAGUAUUUUAUGAUUUUCCAAAAGAAUAAGUGUGUCAAGAAUGGAUAAAUGUGGAAUUUGUUUGAAACCUGCACAGCAACUCUUUGAAACGGGUACCGAUUCUGUGUAUGCCUGUUUCAAAUGUCAACCUCUUGUUCCUGAAGUGACAUUAGAUGACAGUGAUCCUAGUACUGCUGAGCAGUCUUCUAAUAAUGAGGAGGAGCAAACCAAUCACAAAUAUAAAUGUAAUGUAUGCCAUAAGUCAUUCCAGAAAAAUAUGCAGUUGCAAAAUCAUAUGCGGAAUCAUCGUGCAGAGAGGCGAUUUGUCUGCACUUUCUGUAAUAAAGCGUUCUCCCAAUCAAACAAUUUGCGCGCUCAUUUGCGCAUCCACACCAAUGAGCGACCUUACAAGUGCCAGGAGUGCGGCAAAGCUUUUACUCAAGUAACAAACCUCAACAACCAUGUCCGCCUGCACACCGGAGAAAGACCCUUCGUGUGUCCCGAACCUGGCUGCGACAAGGCCUAUGCGCAGGUGACAAAUUUAAACCAGCAUCGCAAGCGUCAUUUGUCUGGCCGCCCCUUAGAGACGUCGUACCAAUGUCCGAUGUGUGGUCAGAGCUUUGCGCAAAGGAAUCAUAUGUACACGCAUAGACGCGAAGCCCAUUCGACGUUGAAGAGCCCGGUGCGGGUUCGUUUCCCGUGCUCCAUGUGUGACGUGAAGCUGCCUUCCGAGAGACUUUUGCAGGUCCACAUGGCCAGACACCACCAGGAGGAUGAAGAAGAACAGAUGCAAUACAAGUGCGUGUUCGCAUCGUGUGGGGCGAUAGUGGGAUCUCCCCGCGAGCACACCGAGCACUUGUUACGGGCGCAUCAGUUGCGCGUCCUCGCCACUCGUGCGCAGUCCCCACCCAAGAGGGGCCGACCGCCUAAGACGAAGGACCCUUUGGAACUAGAUGACGACGACCAAUCAGAAUUCGAGGUUCCAAUCAUAAAAGAGGAACCUCAGUACAUCCCCAAGUUAAAAGUUAGAAGUUUAUUUCAGUGAGUGAAACAGACAAUAUUCCUGAUAAAUUAUAAAAGGCGUUGUAAGUACUCUGCGUGGUUGUUAAUUCUAGUGGCUCAUACGAGAUGGUCCUUCGAGCCGGAAUUAAUUUUUUUUUCAUACAAAAUCUUGAAUGGGGGCUGGCUAUCUCAUUCAAUUUAAAAUAUCUUCAAUUGUGAUAUAGAUAUUUUAUACUGUUUUAAAUCACUAAUCAGUGGAUAUAAAAGUGAUAUAAUCUUGACACACGCAGUGAACCUAUAGUAAAUGUUACGCCGCGUACUUAGAAUAUGUAUGCAUUUUGUAUUCAAAUAGAUUUGCAAUUUCGAUGGUUUAGAAUACAUUCCCAUCAUUUGAGUUUAAAAAAUUCUUGUAAAGGGAGAAAUAAUGAGAUUGGAGUAUAGCAAUUAAUAAGUAAUAAUUAUUUUAUUCGCUUACCAUAAGUGGUUCUUACAUUUUUUAAAUAGUUAAUUUCAUGGAACGUAAUUACGGUAUUGGUAAGUUUUGGUUAUCAGUCGACUUUUUUUUGUACUACAUUUUAUAUACAAAUUAUUGAGAGUGCAAUAUCAGUUCUGUGUAACAUAAAGAAAGGAAUACAUAUUUUUAGAUAUUAAAUAAUUAAGAGAGUUGAAUUAGCGUUUGGCUGGUUAUCUUAAAAUAUCUAAUAUUUUUAUUGACCAAACAAAAUCUGAAAGAAUAAAUAUGAAUUUUAAUUUUUUAUAUUGUUUUAUAUCUAAUCAUUUACAUUAACAACCGAUGAGAGUGGGUCAUAUUAAAGUUAUUGCUGAAAGUAAAUUGGCUAAAAGGUUUGCGCUGAUGUGGUUUUUAUAUCCUACGCAAAAUCUUAAAAAUAUUUAUUAAAAUUUAAUUUUCACUUCAGAAAAAGGCGUUUAGAUGGUAUGUAUUUAGGCUGAAAAUCACGCUUUGCACUUAUCGUGUAGGUAAAUAUUAAAUACUCUUAAUUAAAUGUAUAGAUACGUGAUACAAUUAAUAUUUUAAUGUAAGACAAAAUCGUGUAAUUUGAAUAUAGUUCAUUGGUCGGUUGAGAUAUAGGCUGACUGUUUAAUCAAAUAAUUAUCUACGUGAAAACCGGCAAUAAUUGCGUUUUAAUACGAUAUAGAUUAUCUUUUAUAAAAGCUAUAUUGUCAUAAAGAUUCAGCAAAAAUAGCCAUUUGUUUUUAAACAAGAAAAUUGGAAAUUUAUUAUUUAAGACACAUGAUUUUAUAAUUUAAACAUCGUAAAUAUCAAUAUAUUUUACUUAGUUUUACUAUAGAUCGUUUGGGAGAAUAUCAUUGUAUAUUUUAAGGUUUAUAGUUAUAGUUUAGUUUAAAAAUCGCAAUAUUAUUAUUUGAAAUGUCGAAUAUUUGUUUAUAGCAUUGAAUCGCUUUAAGCGGUCGGUAUAUUAAACCUAAUACAGCCGUAUUUUACCGUGACUGUAUUUUGACAGCUGUCUAAAAAUACAGACUACACAUUGACUGUGCUAAGUUUUCUUCCGUGUUAUUUUAACGAUAGCAAUAUUAUCUUCAAGUACAUAGAUUAUAUAAAGUGAUUCUAAUAUAGAUUAUAUGAUUGACCGCAUUUGAUAGUUGAGAGCACAUGUUGAUGAAUAGAUAAGAUUUAUAGAGUAAAAAAGAUUUAAGUAUUAGGAAUACCUUUGAUGGAGCUCGUUUUAUAUCAAAAUAGCUAUAAUCAUAUAAAUUAUUAGUGUUUUAUGUUUUGCAUUGCCAUUGACUUCAGCCAUUAGCGAUUUUGUUCUGAUGUUGUUGGAGUCAUUGUAUGGGUUUGCCGUUGAAAAAAUAAACAACAUUCACCCAUCUGUUAUAUGAAUAACAUAUUCUGCAUUUGGUGAAAUUAUCAAUAUAUAUCACCGAAAUUGAAUUUUUCACCAUUUUUUGUUUAAUUCCACUAUUACCUUUGGAUGUAUUUCCGGGAAUAAGGAAUAUAUUGCGAGCUUAAGCUUUAAUAGCUAACUUCUUUUCAAUUCCCCCAGUAGCUGGAACAAAUCUUUUAAAGAACGAGUUAUCGGAAAAAACUACAACUUAAUUACAGUUUUUUUAUAUAUAGUUAAUUAUUUAUCCAUUAAACAGAUUUGUGAAGGUCGCUUUCGAUUUCCACAAUAGUAGCUAUUUUGGUAUAAAAUGCAGAACUUUAGUAUAAGGUGAAAAUGUUCCUAUGUGCGUCAGAGUGUGAGGUGGUGUUGUUUAGUUCGUAGAUGUAAUAUAGUCGACCAUAAUGUAGCCUUGUUAAGUGCGACCGAGAUUUUUCUAUUAACAUACAUUUAUCUUCAAAUAUACAAUUUUAAAUAUAA